GAGCUGAAAAAUGUGACCAACAACCUGAAGUCCUUAGAAGCCCAGUCUGAGAAGUACUCAGAAAAGGAAGACAAGUACGAGGAGGAGAUCAAAGUUCUGACCGACAAACUGAAGGAGGCUGAAACCCGUGCAGAGUUUGCAGAGAGGACAGUGGCCAAACUGGAAAAGUCCAUUGAUGACCUGGAAGACGAAUUGUACGCUCAGAAGCUGAAGUACAAGGCCAUUAGUGAGGAGCUGGACCAUGCCCUCAAUGACAUGACAUCUCUGUAGAUGCUCUGACAUGUCUGUCUUUUUCUGCCUCUUGCUCCGCUUUUUCUGUCUUGUGUUUUGAAUUUUCGGACUCUUCAUCUUCUCUCUGUGCAUCAUUUGUGCCUUCCGCCCAUCUUACUAUGCAGAAAAUAAUGAAUUAAAAAUCGUUUUCUUUCCUACUUUA